AUCUAAUUAAGAGCGGAAACAGUUUCCCUCUGGGGUGAGAACAUCAUAGGCAUGCGUGAUGGGGAGCAUCCCUCGGUUCAAGCACAACACAGCCAACCCCCUUAGUUACCAACGAAACACCGGCGAGCGCUGAUGCAAAAAGAGGAACAGAAAUUCACUUUCGUCUAGGGCGGGAUGAGAGAUGGGGAAGAAAAAGGUUAAGGAGGCCGUGGUGCCGCAGCAGGACAAAAAGAUCUGCGGAAGCAUAUGUCUGUGCCAGUUCACAGUCGUGAUCUCUUGCGUGGCGGUCAUAUACCUCGCGGUCGCCGUCUACAUGCCAUCCUACAGGGCCUUCACCUACGGCAUGGAGCCGGAGCCAGUCAUGUGCCAAGCGGUCAACACGACCAUGCUUACCAACUACUGCGACUGGGCGUCUUGCGGCGAGUGGUGUCUGACCAAAACGUCCGGCUUCUGUCCACAAAUUCACGUAACGACUCGCAGGAACGGGACGACCAUCAGGUUGGAUGGCUGCGCCCGUCUCGCUUCCUCUUCUUGCCCAAAAGCGAAGCCGGAAAAAGUUAAGCGCUACAAUUGCAAUCUGGACAACGAGUGUGCGACGCUGACCGGCGUCUUCAACUGUUCCCUCGGACAUUGCGCCAACAUGUCAGAGUUGUUUCUGUGUCAUAACCACGCUGACGGGAUUGUCGUCGAUAGCGACAAAGACAACCUUAAGCUGAACGGUUUCUUCGAGUGCUACCACUCCAGGUGUACAAAAUACAGGAAAAAUCUCAACUGCGACAGGUACUGCAGCAAGAUCACAACCACUUCCAUGAACGUGUACCUACAGUCGGGUGACAACGUGUUCACCGGAGAGUGUGAUAGGGUUGUGGCUUUUAACGAAGUCAAUGGAAACGAACCCGGUGUGGUGUUGGAAGAUCCAAAGGAGAUAUGGACCAGUAGAGACAAUCGGACUCUAUUCGCUUCUUGCGAUAUGAUCGUAAAGAAUGAAUCUUCGUUAAUAGCAACUGAUUGCAUAAAUGGAACUGAAGUCGGUGAUAACACAAUCCCGCGUCCUUUCAUGAACUUCACGACGUUCUGGAAAAUCGUGGAAAACAGCACUACGGAGGUCGACCCAACUCACAAGUUCCUGCCACCGCAGCACGUCCUCACCAUCUACAACUACUCGCGCCUGUAUAUAAACAUUGAAGGAUGCGUCAAUACGCUGAUGGGCGAAUGCGCCGAGUUCGUCGACACCCACGGGAACGACGGCGACAAUAAGACCGCCCAAAGCAGGUUUCCCUGUUUCUACAGAAAGAACGACCCUUUCAUGGUGGUAGCGAGGUUCGAUUUGAAAAAAACCUGGCUCGAGCUGAUGGUAGCCAUUUUCGUCCCCUCGACCCUCUUCGUCGUCUCCUUCAUCACCCUGAUCGUCAUCGGACAUUCCGUGUACGUCGGGGACGACGCGAAGAUGCGGUGCAUGAUUUGCAGAAGGAAAAAGAAAAAGAAGACGACCGAGGAGAUCAACGCCGAGAUGGACCUCGUCAUGGACGGGAUAAUCGAGAGGACCAACGCUAUGGCCGAUUCGCCCGAAGGCGUGGCCGUCACCUCGACCUGAAAACCUUUAAAAAUAGAGAAAAAUCUAUGUUGUUGAUGUUCUUGUUAAUCAAAACUUCGUGCAUUCUCGGUGACUCUUUUCAGCAAAUAUUGCUAAGUUGUACGGCAAAUGGGAAACAACAAGUUUUUGUGAUGACUAGACCUUGGGGAAUCCUACCGGAGUCGUAUCGAUCCAAGAAUGAUUUAGUGGAGUAAAAAAGAGACUUAUUAUAUUAUCCUUCAAAUUUUUGUUUCACUUUUUAAUUAAAUAUUACAUUUAUUCUUUUCUUGACGAUCUGACAAUAUUCUAUAGACCUUGAUAGCCACACAAGACAAAUUAAGCCAACUCUACACAAAAGUGAUUAUAUUGAGUAAUCAGUUAUCGACGGAAGUGGAUUUGUUAACAUCUCCAAUUUUAAAAUGCUUGUAUUACGCUGUGUCCAAUGCACAAUUACUUUUAAAAUGGAUAAACCUUUUUGAUUAGUGCUACUGGCUGAUUUAAUACAUGUUACAUAUUCCCAAUAGAAAGCUUGAAAAGUUGAUGAAAGUCGACGACAACUGUAUACUGUUAAGGUCGGCACGUGACUGGUUUAGAUUUGGCCAUAAGAAACAAUAUUGGAUUAAAACUUGGAUUUUUCUAUUUCAAAACAGUCUAAUUUUCACCUUACAGUCCAAAAACAAAAUGUUUCCCCUGAGUACAUAAUGUUUAAAAAAUUACCGUUUUUACAAAAAAAAUAAAUAUACUUGCAAAAAUCAAAAGAAGAAAUUGACAGGGCUUUUAUCUUAAGUAGUGAAAAAGUUAAAGCCCUUAGCAAUCACAUUUAUCCAUUGGAUACCUACUACUGAUAUAUAUUUUUCAUGCGACUUCAUUGAGAAUUACCAAAAUAUUUAUUAAAUUCCAAUGUCUCUUUCAGAUUUGAAACUUAACUGAUAUUAUAAACAAAAUGGCCUCCAAAAAAAAACUUAAGUACAAAUAAUUGAGUAUUAUUUAAAUUUGAAUUGUUGCAUACAGAGAAUGCUCUGAAGCUGGCUUGUUUUCAAUUAGAAACGACAUGAAAACUUGAUUUCAAUGUUGUAACAAUGUGCCUUUGUUUUAUAAGUGUUAUGUUUAAGCUUCAAUAUCCUGUAUUUAUGAUUUUGUGUAUCUCUGUUUUUAAAAAUAUAGAUGUAUAUACAGGUGUCAGAU